AUGGAGGUAGAAAAUGAAGCUGGCUGCUCCCUGAGCAGCGCAUCAGGAGGGUCCAGAGAGUACAAGGUGGUAAUGCUGGGAGCAGGGGGAGUUGGUAAAAGCGCAAUGACAAUGCAGUUUAUUAGUCAUCAGUUUCCUGAUUAUCAUGAUCCCACUAUAGAAGAUGCUUAUAAGACCCAGGUUAGGAUUGACAAUGAGCCAGCUUAUUUGGACAUCUUGGACACUGCUGGCCAGGCAGAAUUCACAGCCAUGCGGGAGCAGUACAUGCGAGGUGGGGAGGGCUUCAUCAUCUGCUACUCUGUCACUGACCGCCAAUCGUUCCAGGAGGCUGCUAAGUUCAAAGAGCUCAUUUUUCAGGUCCGCCACACCUACGAAAUUCCCCUGGUGCUGGUGGGUAACAAAAUUGACCUAGAGCAGUUCCGCCAGGUCUCUACAGAAGAAGGCUUGAGUCUGGCCCGAGAAUAUAGCUGUGCUUUUUUUGAGACCUCUGCAGCCCUCAGAUUCUGUAUUGACGAUGCCUUUCACGGCUUAGUGAGGGAAAUCCGCAAGAAGGAGUCUAUGCCAUCCUUGAUGGAAAAGAAACUGAAGAGAAAAGACAGCCUGUGGAAGAAGCUAAAAGGAUCAUUGAAGAAGAAGAGAGAAAACAUGACAUGA